AUAGCGCGUCAGCCAUCUUGGGUCAACUGUCAGUUGUCAUUGCGCGCUCGGUCUGCGCAUGCGUGUUAGUGUCCUAACUAUAUUAUAAUGAAGUUUCUCCCCAUUCUGUUGUUCGUGCUGGGCACUGCUUGUGCCCGCACAGCCACCCGACAGCAGUCUAUCACUGGGAAAAUCACAUCUUUGACUGACAAGGAUGCCAGAGCAAAGGCACGAGUACAUACAGCCUUCGCCAACGCUGGCCGCCAAGCCGGCGUCGAAAUAUGGAGAAUUAAUGACUUUGAGCCAGUAGCUGUACCAGCUAAAGACUUCGGAAAAUUCUACAAAGGAGACUCCUACAUCAUUUUAAAGACAACAGCCGACAAACGCGGUAACCUCUCCUGGGACAUUCACUAUUGGAUCGGCAGUGAGUCGUCACAAGACGAGUCUGGUGCGGCGGCCAUUUUGACAGUCGGUCUCGAUGACAAAUUCAAUGGUGCCGCCAUACAACACAGAGAAACGCUGGGGCAAGAGAGCCAACAGUUCAAGAGUUACUUCCCGUCAGCUUUGCAAUACUUGGACGGAGGUAACAGCUCUGGGUUCAACCAUGUAGUCACCAACGCUGGUGCUGAGAAGAGACUGAUUCAAGUUAAAGGCAAAAGGAAUAUCAGGAGUCGUCAGGUGGACCCUCUGAUCUCAUCGAUGAACAAAGGCGACGUCUUCAUCCUGGACGUCGGUAACGAUGUGUAUGUUUACGUCGGUGAGAAAGCAAAGAAUGUGGAGAAACUGAAGGCUAUCUCCGUCGCGAACCAGAUACGAGACCAGGAUCACAAUGGAAGAGCUCGAGUGGAGAUUGUUGACAAGUACUCCAGUGACGUCGAUGUACAAAAGUUCUUCACAGCUCUCGGCUCUGGUUCCAAUGACCUCGUCCCCGAGGAUACUGCCGGUGGUGAUGACCAAGCUUUUGAAAGAUCUGAAGAACAGUCUGUGGUGCUAUCUGAAGUGUCAGAUGCCAGCGGCAAGGUCAAGGUGACAGCUUUGUCAAAACCCUACAGACAGGAUCAGCUUAAAAAACAGGAUUGCUAUAUUUUGGACACCGUUAGCGGCAGUAUCUACGUAUGGACCGGCAAGCAAGCUACAGAGAGAGAAAAGACUGAAGCGAUGACCAAAGCCCAGCAGCUGUUGAGUUCUAAGAACUAUCCUUCUUGGGUGCACAUUGUAAAGAUCCCUCAGGGCACGGAACCCGCCAUUUUCAAACAAUACUUCGCGACAUGGAUGGACGUCGGCAUGUCUCAUAGUCGCAUUGUUUAAAUUUAUUAAACCAGUUUUGAAGGAGAAUGGAGACCAAAAUGAAAUUAAAAUAAAUAACCUACUAUAAGAGCAUUUUUUAUAACUCAUGUAAAAAUAAUUCGUAAUAAAAACCAGUUUUGUAACUA